AACCAGCGAACACAGAGAGAGAGAGAGAGAGAGAGAGCUGCUUUAUUCUCUGUGGCUGCUCUCUUUCUCUUUUGGCAUUUGCCGUAUCGAUCGAACUCUGCUCCCUUCACCCAAUCGCAGCCGAAGAAGUUCCGCGAAGUAGCUCCGGAAAAUGAGCGGCUGCAAUAUCACCGUCAAGAGCACCGACAUGAAGGACGAACUGCAGAAGGAGGUCUUCGCCAUCUCAAAAGCCGCAUUCGAGAAGCACUGUGUAGAGAAGGACGUCGCCGAGUAUAUCAAGAAGGAGUUCGACAAGAAGCAUGGAUGCACCUGGCAUUGCAUCGUCGGUCGCAACUUCGGUUCCUAUGUGACCCACGAAACAAACCACUUUAUUUACUUUUACUAUGGUCAGAAGGCCAUUUUGCUGUUCAAAUCUGGAUGAUUUUAUCCUUCUGAGGUUGAUGUUGACCAGACGCUGAUGAUUCGACGCAAUUAUGGUGCUAUAAUUUGCUUCCGUAUGUAUUACACUGCACUGGACAACCAUCAGUAAAAGUAAGGACCUUCUGGUGCAUGAAGCUGUAUAUUAUUAUAUUGCACUUUGCCUGGCAUCUUAAUGUUCUCCUAAUUUAAACAUAUGAAUGAAGAAGGUAAUCAUGGUGU